AUGCAGACACACUUAACAGACACACAUAUACCGGAACGGAGAGACGCGCAGAUAUGCACUGUGCACAGAUACACACCGACAAAGAUAGUUGUAGAUAGGAACACAAGCAUACACAUAUACUCACACAAGCAACAAGACGCACUGAUCCGUACAGACGUACAGACAAAGACAUAUCCCAGCCUUUCCAUAUCUAUCUAUCUAUCUAUCUAUCUAUCUAUCUAUCUAUCUAUUAAUCUGUCUAUCAGUCUGUUAAUAUGUCAUCUAUUAUCUAUCUAUCUAUCUAUCUAUCUAUCUAUCUAUCUAUCUAUCUAUCUAUCUAUCUAUCAGCGUGUUAAUAUCCUGUCCAUUAUCUAUCUAUCUAUCUAUCUAUCUAUCUAUCUAUCCCAUCUAUCUAUCUAUCCCAGCCUGUCCAUUAUCUAUCUAUCUAUCUAUCUAUCUAUCUAUCUCAACCCACCGCUUCUUGCAGAUACAUUGGAUAGACACUUUUAUAACAUCUAUCUAUCUAUCUAUCUAUCUAUCUAUCUAUCUAUCUAUAUCUAUCUAUCUAUCUAUCUAUCUAUCUAUCUAUCUAUCUAUCUAAACGGGGAUUUGCAAAGCAAUCUCAAAUUUAAUAAUAAAACCAAUUUUUCUUCUCCCCAUGCGCUCCAGAGGUUUGUUAUUGUGGUUGUUUUUCUUUUUCUUCUUCUACUUCUUCUUUUUCUUCUUUUUGCUUCUUCUUUUUCUUCUCCUCCUCCUCCUCCUUCUCCUCCACCUUCUUCCUUUUCACUUCCUCCUCCUUCUUAUACUCGUCCUCCUCCUCCUCCUUUACUUCUUCUUCUUCUGCUUCUUCUUCUCCUAUUUCUUUUACUUCUUUUUUCUUCUACUUUUUCUUCUCCUCCUCCCCCCUCUUCUCUUCCACCUUCUUCCUUUUCUCCUCCUCCUCCUUCUUCUCUACCGCCUUCUUCCUUUUCUUCUCCUCCUUCUUCUACUCCUUCUUCUCGUUCUUCUUUUUUUACUUCUUUUUCUCCUCGUUUCUCACGUUCUCCUUCUUCUUUUUCUUCUUCUCCUCCUCCUCCCUCUCGUCCUACUUCUUCUUCUUUUACUUUUUCACCUCCUCCUCCUCCUCCUUCUUUUACUUCUCCUUUUUUUCUCUUUCUCCUCCUUUUUUUCUCCUCCUUCUCUUUCUUCUUCUUUUUCUCCCCUACUCCUCCUUCUUGUCCUCCUCCUUCUUCUUUUACUUCUCCUCCUCCUUCUUUUACUUCUUCACUUUCUUCUUCUUCUUCUUCUUCUUCUUCUUCUUCUUCUUCUUCUUCUUCACCUCCUCGUUUUUCUUCUUUUUCUCCCCCUCUUCCUCCUUCUUGUCCUCCUCCUCCUUCUUUUACUUUUUCUCCGCCUCCUCCUUUUACUUUCUUCUUCUUCUUCUAUAGUCCAUGCACAUUCGUCAAUUCUUUCUUUCUUUCUUUCUUUCUUUCUUUCUUUCUUUUGUCUAUCUAUCUAUCUAUCUAUCGAUAUCUGUUCAUUAUCUACAUUAGUUUGUCCGUUUUCGAUUUAUUGAUUGAGGAGAUUAAUUUUGAAUCUAUCUAUCUAUCUAUCUAUCUAUCUAUCUAUCUAUCUAUCUAUCUAUCUCAGUCUGUUCAUUAUCUAUCUAUCUAUCUAUCUAUCUAUCUAUCUAUCUAUCUAUCUAUCUAUCUAUCUCAGUCUGUUCAUUAUCUAUCUAUCUAUCUAUCUAUCUAUCUAUCUAUCUCAGUCUGUUCAUUAUCUAUCUAUCUAUCUAUCUAUCUAUCUAUCUAUCUAUCUAUCUAUCUAUCUCAGUCUGUUCAUUAUCUAUCUAUCUAUCUAUCUAUCUAUCUAUCUAUCUAUCUAUCUCAGUCUGUUCAUUAUCUAUCUAUCUAUCUAUCUAUCUAUCUAUCUCAGUCUGUCUAUUAUCCAUCGAUGUAUAAGAUCUAUCUAUCUAUCUAUCUAUCUAUCUAUCUAUCUAUCUAUCUAUCUAUUUCAGUCUGUUCAUUAUCUAUCUAUCUAUCUAUCUAUCUCAGUCUGCUCAUUAUCUAUCUAUCUAUCUAUGGGAGAGUUUAUUUUGGUAUCUAUCUAUCUAUCUAUCUAUCUAUCUAUCUAUCUAUCUAUCUAUCUACGGGGGAGUUUAUUUCAGUAUCUAUCUAUCUAUCUAUCUAUCUAUCUAUCUAUCUAUCUAUCUAUGGGGAGUUUAUUCUGGUAUAUAUCUAUCUAUCUAUCUAUCUAUCUAUCUAUCUCAGUUUUCAUUAUCUAUAUCUAUCUAUCUAUCUAUCUAUCUAUCUAUCUCAGUCUGUUCAUUAUCUAUCUAUCUAUCUAUCUAUCUAUCUAUCUAUCUGA